GCAUGCGUGGUGGCGAGAUAGAAGGUGCUGCUGCUCCUGCCUGUCAGUAAGGGUUUUGCUGCUGGCUGCUGAGGGAGAGCGCGCGCCUGUGCGCGUGCGCGAGGAAGAGAUGGAGCCCCUGGCCUUCUGGUUUGGGCAACCGACAGCCAGAAGCAGCAGCAGCGUCGUCGUCGACGAAGAAGGGGAGGAGGACGGCGGGAGCCCUUGAGGAAGGAGGGAGGGAGGGAGGGAGGAAAUGGCCACCCAGCUCCCCCCGUUGGACGCAGCUCCUCCAAGCCCCUCGCUCUCCUCCUCGUCGUCGUCCAUGGAGGAUGGAAGGCGGGGGCUCCUCAAUGGCUGCGUCCCUCUCUCCCAUCAGGUGGCCGGGCACAUGUACGGCAAGGACAAGGGCGGCAUAUUGCAGCAUCCUGAUGGCACAGUCCUCAAACAAUUGCAGCCACCACCUCGAGGGCCCAGAGAACUAGAAUUCUAUAAUAAGGUGUAUUCUCCAACCUGUGAAGACUCUGUGUUCCUAGAACUCCGAAAAUUUUUGCCAAAAUAUUAUGGAACCUGGUCACCACCUACUGCACCCAAUGACUUGUACCUGAAACUGGAAGAUGUGACACACAGGUUUAAAAAGCCAUGUAUAAUGGAUGUAAAAAUAGGUCAGAAAAGCUAUGAUCCAUAUGCCUCAGCUGAGAAGAUUAAGCAACAGGUCAGCAAGUAUCCACUAAUGGAGGAGAUUGGGUUCUUGGUGCUUGGCAUGAGGGUGUAUCACGUCCAUUCAGACAGCUAUGAGACGCAGAACCAGCAUUACGGAAGAGGCUUAACAAAAGAGACAAUAAAAGAUGGCAUGGCUCGUUUUUUCUAUAAUGGAUAUGGCUUCAGAAGAGAUGCUAUAGCUGCCAGUAUUCAGAAGAUUAGAGAAAUUUUGCAGUGGUUUGAGAACCAGAAGCAGCUUAAUUUUUAUGCAAGUUCCUUACUGUUUGUCUAUGAUGGCUUUUCUCCGAUGACAACUACGUGGCUAAGUGCUGGCACACUAGUUGAGAAGACAGCAUCCAGGGGGCAAGUGCUAAGUGGUGAAACACUGGAAUAUAACAACAAUAUCCACGUAAUCAGUAAUACAGAAAAUGGGAAGGUAGAGAGUUCUGUGGGUAAAGGUUUCUCUAAAAUGUAUGCACUUCACAAAAGACACCAGAGUCAGAUUUCACUAAAAGUUGAAACUGUGGAACCAAACAACACAUGGAAGAGCAGUGCUUGCUUUUCACAGAAGCAUAUGAAUGGAAAUGUUAUACCUCAGCUGGAAAAAGUUUUCUGCCACAUGCCCACUACGCUGCCAGAAAGUGCAGAUGUAGAAGUUAGGAUGAUAGAUUUCGCUCAUGUUUUCCCCAGCAAUGUACGAGAUGAGGGCUACAUUCAUGGUCUGAAGAACUUAAUUACCGUCCUUCAAAAUAUUUUAGAUACCUAAAGUUUUUUGCAGUGAUUUCUAUUGGGGGCCAAUUAUAAUGAAAAGCAACAACAUUUCUGCACUUGUGAUCCUAUUAUAAGUUGAUUUGUAUUGUUCUACAUUUUACUUGUCUUUGUAUUUUUGGUAGAAUGAUCAAGUAUUUUAUAAUCUUACUCAGGAAAACCUCUGUAGUUUAGUAAAAAUAAAAGAGAAAAGCUAAUGAGAUUAACUGGCAGUUGUAGGACGUUACGCUUUAAUGAAUGAAGCUUACCUGAAAUUGGGGAAAUCUGUCAGGUAAAAUCAUUAAGCUUUCCUGUACCCUUAAAUGUUUUACUUUAGUCAGUAUGUUCAUGCAGCUAGAACACUGAGCCAUACCUCUUAGCGAGUUGUCAGAAGAAUAUUCGAGUAUUAUCCUUGAGUGUUUACUACAUCUUUAAAACUGGAGCUAAUCCUAUUUCUGAGGGAUAAGUACUUAAAAUCUGUAUUUUAAUUGAACCAGCCUUUACAUAGACAACAAAAAGAUGUGACUGUACUGCUCCAUUGUUAAUACUGAUUAGGAGUGUUCAUUUUUCAUGACUAAAUGUAAAGUAUGCUCUUGCAGCAUAAUACGUGGGUGCUAUAGAAGUGAUUUUUCUAAAAAAACAUAAAAUAGGCAUCAGCUUUAUAAGAAAGAUACUGCUGUUUUGAAAGAUUUGUGUCUCUGAGGUCCUCUUUUGUUCAUUAUAUUGAGCUGGAGGUGACUUUGGAUUCUGUUGAGAAGCGGUGGAAGCAGAUAGACAAGUGACUUCAGAAAGUCUAAAGCUACUUACUAAAAUAAGAUGAUACUUUGGCCAUUUUUGUGUGUGUCCAGUUCAUUGUGUAGGGUUGAACCUAAACUUGUCUUUCCAAACAUGGAGGUAGUUUCUCAGUUUGCAGAGUGCCAUGAUCCAGCAGAAGUUUCCUACUAGAGGAAAUGGAGUUGGGCCACAAUAUUCACCCAUUUCCCCUUCCCUUUGCAGUCUCUCUGGAACAACAUGAUUGAUGCUAGAACCUAGGUGAAGAAAGGAUAAUCAGUCAAAAUUGCUGUCCCAUCCCCUUCCUCCAGCAUCAGCAGAACUUCACUGCAUGCAAGACUGGAUCUAAUUCAAAGUGAACAGGUGGAAAUGAAAUUUCUAAUGAAUAACCUCUCACCCCAUUGUGAGAAUUAAUUCAAGAUUGGGGAGAAUGAAGAGAAUAUUCAAGGAGAUGUUUGGUUUCUCCAUUUACAUGUUAUUUCUGUUUAUAAUCAACAAUAUCUGAUAUGUCAGAUAUUUCUACUAAAUUACUGGUGAAUUGCCCAUGUGAUCAAAAUGGCCACAGUAUUGCUACAUUUUAUAUUUUAGUGGGUGGCUUUAAAAUUUGCCAAAUUUCAUGUGGCUACAAUUAGGGCUAGUUGAGAGAUAAUGUUAAAGUACGAUGAAGACAAGUGGGUACAGACCUUUGACCUAUGCCCUCUUUUGCAUGGGACCAGAGGAAGUGUAAAGCUAUUCAUGGUUUUGAACAUAUAUAACAUCCAACAAUAAACUGGUUAGUCCUAGUUAAUUUUUUCAAACUUCAGCUUAUUAUCUUUAUUAGAGAAAACCAGAGUUUCUUGUAUCCAAGUAAAACAGGAAAUUACAGAUUCUAUCAACCCACAAAUUCAGUCAUUAAAUAUUUUCUCCUUGUGAACGAAAGGGAGAGGAUAGUGGGUAUAAAGCUUGUGCCUCCAUGUCCUGAUAGCAUUACAUCUGAGCCAGGUCUGAAUUUUGAACAAACACUGACAUAAAGUUAGGAGACAUCAUUUAAUUUUCUGACAAUAUGUGAAUAUACUUAGUCACUAAGGAUAUUAGGCAAAUAAAAGAAUCUUCACUGUUUAUGGUGUAGUGACAAAUCAACCUUCAUGGGCAUGUUGUAGAAUGUUGUAAAAAAAAGAAAAAAAGAAUCCCCUUUGUAAUGUAAAGACGAUUGCCACGUUCUAGUGUCAGGGAAAACAAGUUACUUAAGUGUAAACUUGUAAAAGCUGGAGGCAACUUAGGUUCCUUAUAAAAAUUUUAAUUGAGUAAGCAAAAUGUAUAAGACAUUAUUGCAAAGGAAUUACGCAAAUAGACAUUUCUCAUUUCCUGCAUUUUAUUUUCUGCUCUGCUGAAAGAUAAACUUCCUGUUAGAAUUCCAGGUUAGAAUUUUCAAAGCUACUCUAAUACUCAAACCAUGUAUGGUGUCUUAUAUUGCACGUUAAUUGGACAAAAGACACUAUCAGAAAAUGUAUUUUCAUUAACAAGAAAUAGGUUAAGUUAUACCUUUGUAUUUUAUGUUUCAGGUGCGUCAAUUAUAGAAACAAAUGCUAUAUUGAUAAUCAGUUCUAGUAGUGGUUACAAAGAGAGCCUUAAUAAUAAAGCCAAUGUCAGAUUUUCAAAGGUGAAGCUAAUUUUAAGACUUGUUAGAGGGAUUCAAUUUUCUGUCAAGUACUUUAAGCCAUAUCUUGGAGCUUACUAUGCUAUGUUGUGCUAAUCAUUUUUCUUUGUCAUGGGUAGCUUGCCCUAUAGUAUUGGUGUUCUUGACAAUUUUAUGUCAAUAAAGAAUAUUUUUAUAUAUAUAAAGGAAAUGUCUAGUGUGGGCAGACAGCAACAUCUUUGUGUCAGUAUAUUUCUUGUCUUGUGGGCAGUAACCUGUGUGCUCCACAGUAUUUAGUACCAUAACUGAUCAUUGCUGUUCUGCUUACAGUAUUUAAUGAAUCUAGAACAUGGUCGGCCAUCUUGUUGAAAGCACUAACAGCUAAUUGUUAGAUUUUAUAGUUGCAGUUAUUACAGACUUAGUGAAUAAAAAUAAGUUCUUGCGUUUGAAAGAUUAUUUUAAAUUAGAAAUUGGAGAAGAUUGGGCAUAGUUAUGAAAGUAACCCACAAGUACAGAAAUAUAAUUUAAAAUUAAUGUAAUAUACAGUGAAAUCUAAACAGUUUUAAAUUAACCUCCUGUAACUUGUUUCCAGAAUAUAAAAGAGAUAAAAAAGCUCUAAAAGGGAUGGCAUGGUUUGCCUAACCCUGUAGUGGCAAACCUAUGGCAUGCAUGCCAGAGAUGGCACACAAAGCCAUUUUUCGUGGCACAUGUCUGUCCCUCCUCCUUCCUGGCUUUCCCAGGCCUUCAGCUGCCUCUGGAGAGGUAGCUGAAGGGCGAGGGAAGAGGAGGAACAGGUUCAUACCUGUUCCUCUUCUUCCCCCCUUGCGUUCAGUUGUCUCCGGAGAGGCAGCUGAAGUCUCGGGAGGGUGGGGGGAAGAAGUCCCGCCCUGGAAGUUCUGCCCCUGGAAGGUAGAAAUCCCAGACCGGAUGUCCCCUCCCUCCCCCAGGAAGUCCCACUGGGUAACACCCGGUACAGGAAAGUCUUUUAGUUGGGCGAUCGGACCCUUCGCCAUCACUGUCCUAACCUGUCUACAUAUCCCCAUUCCCUUCAUUUGUGAACUCAAUUCAUCAUUUCCAUACUAACUUCCUGCUCAAGGAAGAAUUUUGGAAUAGUACUCAUAGCAUAAAAUGGCCUAUGUAUUUGCUCAAGUGGUCUUCACAUUUCAGAGAGCUUUCUUGAUCUUAGUGCUUAUAUAAUCUCUGAGGUGUGUUGAGAGUUUUGGCACAGGCCUUCACCUAAUGGAGGAGGAAGCAUUGAUGCUUCCUUUGUUUUGCACAUUCCUAGCAGUUCAUCUGUAACUGAAAUGAAUACGAAAGCCUAUACAUUGUGAGUUUUGGUGUGUGUGUUAAAGCACCUACUGAGCUGCGUGGAGUUAAUAGAGUUUUUCAGUAUCUGAUGUAAAGUAUAAUAAGAUUAAUUCAUGACUCCUUGGAAGGAAGAAUACUAACCACUGUUUGAGGUAAGAUGAUUACUCCACAGCUACUAUUUGAGUAAAGUCAUUUUUGACAAGUUGGCUCUUGUCACAAGGACAGUUCUUUAAAAUAUUGCUGCUUGUGUGUGCUUAUGAAAAUGCUCCUUUUAAAUGUGUUGUGUGGAAAACUAUGUACAAUUUUACCGGAUAAAGAAUUUAAAUUGUAUACAUUUUAUAGCAAAACAUUUUCAUUCUUCGUAUUUUUGGAUAUUAGUGGAUCCUGUAGCGUAGAUUCAAAUGAGAUUUAAAACUAUGAUAUCAAAUGUUAAAAAUUUUAACUAGUUUUACAAAACUAUGACAUUGUAUAUAAUUGUAUUUAACAUGAAGGUUGUAUUUUCAAACUGAAAUUAUUUUUGUUCUACUGUACAGGAAAAGUGUAUUUUUGCUGAUCCCAUACAUUGCACACCAUUCCACAUGAGAUGCUCAAAUUGUAAGAAGGGACAAUUCUUAAUCAUUGUCAAUGCACUGUUUUGCAGAUCAUAGCCUGAUCUUGUGCAUGCUUACUGGCAAGUAUGUCUCCCUGAGUUCAAGGGUACUUUCUCGCUAACAGGUCUGCACAAGACUGUAGAUUUAGUUUGCAAUGGCAGAACUGAAUAAGGGUUUAAUAGGAAUGUGAGUUAUUUGUCAGAGUUCAAAAUGCUGCACCAAUUUUGAAAGAGAAAUGUAUGUCAGUAUCAAAUACUAAUUUAGGAAGAGUGCAGGGCACAACCACUAUAUGUCUUGAGCCUAAACCAUUUUAAUUGGUUUAUGUUAUGACCCUUGUAAUGGACUGCAGCUAGUACAAACUAACUCCUUUCCACCUGUCCAUGUUCACUCUGUUAUUUUGUUUCUUUAUAGUUUACACUCUUUGCAAUAACCGUCCCUGUUGAGUGCCUUCCACUUCAGUUUUGGUACCUUUUAAAUGACCUCUCAUAGCAUCUCCCAUGUGGCAUAUUAGAAUGUUUUAAGGGGAGAAUUUGACUAUAUUGGUGUGCUAGUACUGUUAAGCCACAUUGCUCCACUGUUUUAUCAUCUGUCCCUUUUAAAACUAGUUGUUGAGCUUUUGUGGUCAUUUUCAUCAUUAGAGAAUUAUCUACAAAUCUGGGUGUGAAACUGCAUAUUCAGAAAUGAAAUACCCCACAAGCCAGAUAUGACCCUUAAGAGGUUUUGUCUGACUUUCUGUUUACCAAGCAAGAUGCCAAAAAAGAUGAGGAGGUGUGGCAUCUAUAGCAAUUGCACUUGGGAUCAGGGUGUUUGAUGGCUUGGGAAAUGGGGCCUUUUCUCACCCUCCCUUUUCAGGUAGCCUUCCCCAAAACCUGUUGGUGACCAGGGACAUCUCCAAAAGCUGGGAACAUAAUACGCAGUCAUAUGCAGCCGUGCAACUUGUUGGUGCUCAACAUGAUUUAGUAAAUUGGAUUUUUUUUAAUUUUAAAAAAGUUCUCUCGUAUGUGCCUAUGAAUCAUUCCCUGUGUUUUCUGAAACUAGCUGUAUGUGAAUUUCUUUAAAGUGAACAUUUAUGUCAGAAAUGUGUGGGAAAGCAGUCUGGAUAGUCAAGAACUUGGCUUGGGGAAAGUAAAUUAGGCAACAGUUAAGUUUAUGGUAAUUCACACUAAACCAAAUAUAAUUUCCUCAAAGUGUAAUUCCUGCAAUUGUAUCCAUCCAGAAGCCUCACAAUCACCUUCUUUUUUAUUAUUUUAUACCAGUUGUUCAUGCUGAUAAACCAUUGAAUUGGAACUUAAUUGGUGAACAAGUCAACUGUGAAAUAUUACUCCAUUACAUGUCCAUGGGCUAAAUACUGCACAUUUGUAAUUGUGAGUGACAGUUUUGUUAACUGAAAAGAUAAUGCACCUUUACAGUUUUCAUACUAUGAAUAUAUCCACUGAUCCUGGUUUAACAGCCAUUCUCACCAGUUUGUAAUACAGGAUUAGGAAGAUAAUUACUUUCCUUUAGAUUUUUUAGGAGUUACUCCUGUUUAUUUAGAAGUUAUAAUUGUUCUGGCAAUUAAUCUUUAAAUCCAGCAACAGGAAAAAUUAAACAGUGGCAUUGGGGACAAAUGUACAUCUGCACAUGUUGUCAACAUCAUUGGGUACAAAUGUUUUUUAAAACAUGUAUAAAUAUGGCACUGGAUAUAAAUAUCUCAACUGGCUGAACUGACUUUGAAACUGUCCAAAUAUGAUGAUAUUGCACAUCUGAAUAUGAAUGAAACCAGAGUGCACAUAAGCACUUUAAUACUCUGGGAACUCUACUGGAAAAUAUGUGGAAGCAUGUGAAAUUGCACCUAAAGCUAUGUUAAAUGGUGGGUGGGAGGGAAGGAUGUAAUUUUACAGCUUAAAUGUAUUGUGUCUGAAUGAAUGUACUUAGUGUGGUCUCCCUUUUCUGACUCAAGUGGUUUGAAUUGUGCCGCUCAAUGUCUUUUGUUGGUUUUUGUGUGUUUGUAAAUGAUACUUUGAGGGGGCUUAUUGUUGGAUUGCAGAGGUAUGUUGGUUGUUUUAUAGUAAAAACAAUUAUGUUAUAUACCAAUUCUUUUGUAAUUUAUGUGAUAUUUACGCAAUUCUAAUAGCUGUAUAUCUGGCUGACUAUUAAAUUUUCUCUAAGUUA